AUGCCCAGAAGGCCUCCAGAGGAAGACUUCAAAAUCUAUGUCGACGAGUCCUGUCUAAGCGCACCAAUGGAUGAGACAAAUAUCCCCAAAGUCGCUGAAGGCGAUAUUCUCUCCGAGUCUCUCGAAACAAUCGCCGAACCCGAAGAGCAACUGCAAACGGUCCCCGACAAGGAGGAGCAAGAAAGCCUAAGCAUAACCGAGGACGCCACCCCGAACGACAACACUGCCGUUCAGGUUGAAGACGAUAGCGAGAAAGAAGGGUUGCUAGAGCAGACAGUUCAAGAACAUGCCGAUGGCCACGGAGAGUGCUACAGUGGCAGCAUCCUAGACGACGAGGAUGGUCAACAACACGAGGUUGAGGAGUCAUCCGGGACAGACGUCGCAGAGGAGCACCACUCCGAAUCAGAACCUAUUCUAAUCGAGAACGUUGAAGAUGCUUCAGAGGUCGUGGGAUCUUCAGAACCCGUAGACGACGAGCCUAUCAUCUCGGAGGACUUACACUUGGAGAGCCAUCCCGAUGAGGAAGAAGAGGACUCGGUGGACGAAGAUAAUGAGGAUACCCCCCGUCCGACGCAGCUGAUGGAUGAUGGAGAAGAUGACGAUGGCUCUUCCUCUCGUCGAGAGUCUGACAUCUCAGACAGACGGCAUUCUUUGAGGACAGAAGCUCUUAUCCAAGCCGCUGCCAGAGCAGUUGUUGCACGAAUUGAGAAGCAAGACGACAGAAGGAAGUCAACAAAUGAGGAGGAAGAUGGCGAUCAUUCAAUACUGAGCUCAUCUUCGAAUGCAGAGCAUGGUAUCGAAGGGACUGAAAUGUCGUACGACGAUAGGUCAAGCCAGGGUCGGCUUUCUGAUGCGCACUCUCUACCUGGAACCACUAUCCACAACUCGGAUGGUGAGGCAGCAGAUAGUAGCUCGCAACACGAUGGGGAUGAUGAUGUCUUCAGUGACCGGAGCCCCAGAAGCUCGCUGGGAUCAUCAGAUGGACAGCACGAUGAUCAUACCGAGAAAAUGAGCGAUACCCAUACCGAUAUGGAUUACCGGUCAAACUAUGGUCGAUCACCUCGAGUGUCUGGAAUCUCAGGCAUAUCUGAUCUCUCACGAUACGACAAGGAAGAAUUUGUCCCCACCACUCGAGGCACUCCUCGACCGGCUUUCCGGACGCCAUCAUCUGUGCGAAAGAUACAAAUGUCUUCACCCACGCCGUCGGUAUUUGGCUCCCCACGAUCUUCUCGGCGACAGGCCGCUCUGGAGGGAAGUGGUCUGCCCACAGUAUCCCGGCUGGGAAGCCCUUCCGUCUCAGCUCAGUACUCUCCCAAAGGUCGAUCAACACCCACACGGUUCAAGGUUCGCAAGGAGGCGCCGCUUGUUCUCCUUCAUGUCACUCUUCUGCCCCUUCGAUGGCCGUGGGCGGAUGUCUUGAAUGGCCUUGAUGCCAUCACGGAUAACGGGAAGCAAAGCUUGCGCCAAUUCGAGCCUUCCGAUCAGCUCAAGAGUCUGCGAGGCGCUUGGCGACAGCUCCAAGACCGCGUUGGGGACACUGUCUUGGAGCGAGGCAUCUUGCUGCCACAUCCUCAGAAUGAUUACGAGGUGCUUGAGGAGCGGCUUCUCGAAGCCCUCGAACUUCCUCUGAGGCGGCGUGCUCGCAUCCUUGAGUGUGGCCACUACUUGGGGCCGUCUAAUGAGAUGACACUUGGGGAGGAUGAGGAUGACAGUGAGGACGAAUAUGCGUCUCAAACGGGUCGAGCCGACAAGAGACAUUGGUGCAAGACUUGCCGUAGCGACAUUAGAUAUGACGAGCUCGGUGAAGGCAAGAUUUUCCGCAUCAAAGUCUACGCUAGUAACGGCCUUAUGAAGGCUGGGGCGUGGGAGGCUUGUUGGAAGGAGAUGGAGAGAGUGGAUGUCGAAGUCGAGCCUAUAAUGGAGCCAGGUAUCCAGAACGAGCUAGAAAGCCUAGGCACUAUUCAGCACGAAGAGAAUUUGCACCGCCGGCGAGAGAAAGAGGAGCACAUCGACGAACAAGAUCACGCCUACCUUGACCAUGAUCAUCGUUCCCACAUCCAAGCAUCUUCACCUCCAGAUAUCCAUGCUUCCCCCAUCGACCCACCUGCGACGACUACCACUGUUGACAUGGAAGAUCUCGAACGUCGGAGACGUGAUGAAGAGCGCCUGCGAGAGAUAUAUGGACACAGUCCUUCUGGCCAUCACCCCCAGGAACACCCAUCUGCGACAGCACCUCGACACCCAGACUCCUAUAUUCCGCCUCCAACCCCACCAUCGCCCUCUGAGCAAGCUUUCGAGCGACGUGAAAGCAAGCGGAAAACCUACCAAGCUGCCUCGCUUCCCGAGCUCCUACUGGAAGCGGGCAAAGUCAUCAUGCAUGAUCGUAAGAAUGUCGUCAUUGCCUUGUUAAGUGUCUUUAUUCUCAUGCUUGCUGUUCGUACGGCACCGCCAGAGCCACAGAGGGGGACAGCAGCGGGGAUAUCGGAGAGCGAUGCUGAGAUCCUGCGAAGCAUCUAUCUCCAGCAGCAACAGCAAGAUAGGGAGACUACUGUGCAAGCUGUGUUGGGCACACAGGUUCAGACCCAGAUUGCCGCAACGAUAGAGUCGCCAAUCAGCGUAGUCCCGAUUAUGGCUUCGGUCGAGAGCAUAAUCAGCAGCUCGGCUGUAGCUAGUGAGCCUUGCGUGCCAUCGGACACGCCUGCCUCGUCAUCCCCAGAGAAGGUGCAGACAAUUAAGCAGAAGAAGGUGGUUCGUGUGUACGAAACCGUCACCGAGACAGUUAAAGUUACUGCUACCGAGGCAGCAGCACCCGAAGAGACUGUUGAGACUGAGCCGGAGGAGGAGGAGUUUGAGACAAUCGUGGAGACUGUCAAGGUGACAGCGACGCAAUCUCCGGUAGCUGAAGCGACACCAGAGACUGUUGAGGGCGUUCCCUCGAUGUCUGACUUGGAGAACGCUCAAGUCGAUACCCAAGCCGUUGAGCCCGAUCUGUCUAAGGAGAGCCUGGAUGUUGAGUAA